AUGUCUACAGUAACCGCAACAGCGCUCCAAAGCGCCCAUCCCCCCACGAUACCCCUCCCAUUCAAUUCCAACCAGCCAGAGACCAUCCGCCUAUACCCUCUAUCGAACUACACAUUUGGCGUUAAGGAGACGCAGCCAGAGGAGGACCCUUCCGUCAUCGCGCGGUUGAAGCGCCUGGAGGAGCACUACUCGGCACAUGGCAUGCGCCGAACAUGCGAGGGAAUCCUCGUCUGCCACGAGCACAACCAUCCGCACAUCUUGAUGCUGCAGAUAGCAAACGCCUUUUUCAAGCUACCUGGCGACUACCUGCGACCCGAAGAUGACGAGGUCGAGGGCUUCAAGGCGCGCUUAGAUGAGAGACUGGCGCCCGUGGGUAGAUUAGGCGAGGGCGAGGAGGCUGGCAACUGGCAGGUUGGCGAUUGUCUAGCUCAGUGGUGGCGGCCCAACUUCGAGACCUUCAUGUAUCCUUUCAUUCCAGCCCACGUCACGCGACCAAAGGAGUGCAAGAAGCUAUAUUUCAUCCAACUCCCAGAGAGCAAGAUACUCAGCGUCCCGAAGAACAUGAAACUACUUGCUGUUCCUCUUUUCGAGCUUUACGACAAUACUGCCCGCUAUGGACCGCAACUCUCAGCUAUUCCACACCUCCUCAGCCGAUAUAACUUUGAGUUUGUUAAUGAGAACGGCGAGGUUGUGGCUGCGACGCCUGGUACCGGUCCAGAGGGAUACGUGCCCAAGACGAAGGUGUUGUCGGGCGGCGACGAAGACAUGAAAGACGUGAGAGCGGAGAACGGUACGAACUAA